AUGGCUCCAGAGGCAAAGAAAUGGUUCUCGAGGGAAGGCUUCACUGCCGAUGUGGUAGUCAAACUCGUCAACCGCACCGUGCUCAGCCCCUGGAAGGUGGUGCCAUUGCUGGUACUAGCCCAGUACACAACCAAGGGUCGUGAGCUUCUCGAGUCGCGCCCGCAAUUGCUCAAGGCCCUCAAGACGUUCGCCUUCCUGGCUGUCGUCCGCCGGCUCGGGGCCUGGAUGGACCGCCGCGCCGUGAACAACGGGGUCAAGGACUACUACAACUGGGACCGCGAAGUGGUCGUUCUGACCGGCGGGAGUGGCGGUAUCGGAUUCCGGGUCGCGAAACUGCUGGGUGAGCGCGGCAUCAAGGUAGCCAUCCUGGACAUCACGCCGCCGACCGAAACCCUCCCCAACAGCGUGCGCUUCUACGAAUGCGACAUCACAUCCACCGCCAACAUCGCAGAGGUGGCUAAUGCAAUCCGCGGCUCCUUCGGCAAGCCGACCGUCCUGAUCAACAACGCCGGCAUCCUCACGGCCAAGACCAUCCUCGGCACCACCGAGGCCAUCACCCGCAAAAUGUUCGACGUCAACACCCUCUCGCACUACUGGCUGGCGCAGGAGUUCCUGCCGGACAUGAUCGCCAACAACCACGGCAUGGUGGUGACCGUCGCCUCGCAGGCCGCAUACGCCGUCACCGCCAACAUGGUCGACUACUCCGCCUCCAAGGCCGCCGCGGUUGCAUUCCACGAGGGACUUGCCACCGAGCUGGUGACCCGCUACCAGGCCCCUCGUGUGCGCACCGUCCUUCUCACGCAGGGCUUUGUCAAAACGCCCCUGAUCAAUGACCUCACUCCCGAGGAUACCUGGAUGUCCCCGCUGCUGCACCCGCAGACCGUCGCCGAUGAGCUGGUCAAGCAGGUGCUCACGGGCCAGAGCGGCCAUAUUGCUGUCCCUAUUGUCGGGGGUUACCUGGGGAAGCGUCUGCGCGGUGACCCGCUCUGGUGGCAGCAUUCGCUGCGCUGCAGGUUGGAGAAGCUGAUGCGGGCGUCUUGA